UAUAAACCUUGAGUGGGCAAACAAUAGAAAUUAAUCAUUUUUUUUAAAGACAGUACGCAGCGGUAGCACCUCUUCCAUAAUGUAGCCUGCAAUCAUUUUUUAAGCUCACCUUCAGACGCUUUCUGUGCUGCUGACGUAAAAUCAAGUUUUGCCCCACAUCUUUAUGCACGCUCAUCACCAUCCUCGAUGAGUCUAAUGACAUGUCAUCUGUGAACUUCACGAUUGUACCAGACGGGUGCAGCGGUUUGCUUAGAGGGAGGAGAGGAGAGAGGAGGGCACAACCCUGGGAGGAUUUUCUGGAUGCUUGAUGUGAUUCUUUCCAGCCUCACUUACUGUUUCCCCUCUGUAAAAUUCCACUCAGGAGUCUUGACAUUUCUACUCAGAAGUAACUUGAAAUUUCAAGAUAGUCAUAAUGUGGGGUUAUUGUGUCAGAAUUUUGACACAAUAACCCCAAAUUAUGACAUAACUUACACUUUUGACCUAUCGCUGCCUGUUAAUGUAUUUAUUCAUUUAUUUGUUUACUGGCAGUAACAAGCGUCCACGCCCAUGCAGCAGCGCUACUACUGACACAACUGCGUAAGCAUCUGUGAGGACAUGCCAGAAAUGACCUUUUUAUUUGUUCCUUUAUUAUGUGAGUAAGCCAUCUCCGAGAAGAGGAACUGUGACGAUUUUGCUGGACGUGGAGGAGGUUUUAGACUUUACCAAAUAUGGCAGUGUGGGGCGUGGGACCCACAGCCCGCAGACAGAUAUCGCUGGAUAACAGAGGGGAUGCGCCGAGGAACUUAAAGCUUUAACAUUAUUGUGAAAUAAAACUCCUGGUGGCUCAGAAAUCGAUUAUGAGACAAAUGCCCACUAAGUAGAGGAGAAGCAGGAUCCGAAAUUCAGUACAAGACUCGUCUUGAAACUUGCAGGACUAUUAAAGUCACUUUCACCUCCUGACAGACUGUAACAUCCCAUCAUGCCAUUGAUUGUGGUCCCUACUUCCCAGUUGCUCUGGAUGCGAGUAGCUGCCCUGUUAUUCACCUGUGUGGCAUUCAGCGUCGCUGCACAUGGAGCUCAUCUGCCCCACCAAGGCAUGGCUGACUGGUGCAUCUUCUGCUGGGCGUUCAGCUUCGCUUGCACUCUGCUGGUCCUGCUGGUAGAGUUGUUCGGCCUCCAGGCCCGGGUGCCAGUGUCCUGGUCCAACUUCCCCAUCACUGUCGCCUGCUACGCUGCCCUACUCUGCCUUUCAGCAUCCAUCAUCUUCCCAGUCUUCUUCCUUAGACACCAACAGGCCAGUGAAACCCGUGACCAUCGCAUAGUUUCCACAGUCUUCUCCUGCCUGGCAGCGGUUGCCUACAUGGGGGAGGUGAGCCUGUCUAAAGCAAGGCCAGGAGAGGUGGCAGGUUACAUGGCUACAGCUCCGGGCUUAUUGAAAGUGUGCCAGACCUUUUUGGCCUGUAUUAUCUUCAUCCUGAUCAGCAGCCCAGUGACAUACGACCAUCAUCCAGCACUGAAGUGGUGCAUGGCAGUGUACUGCAUCUGCUUCAUCCUCUCCAUGGCUGUGGUGGUGCUGUGUGUGGGAGAGUGGACCGGCUGUCUCCCCAUCCCAUUCUCCAAGUUCCUUUCGGCAUACGGGCUCCUGGCAGUUAUCAUGUAUUUGACUGCCACCAUCCUCUGGCCUGUGUUCCAGUUUAACAAGAGUUACGGGAGAAACGAUGACCCAGAAACAAUCGCUGCUUCUGUACUCACUGCCAUCAAUUUCCUGCUUUAUGUUGCUGACCUAGUGUACAGUGCCAGGUUAGUGUUUGUCAGUGGCUGAGAAGAAGAGAGAAGAAGAGAGUAAACAAUAGCUUUGCAGAGCAGUAGAGCUAAUGCUGAGCUCCCCCCCCCCCCUUUUUUUUAAACCCUGAAUUUAAAAAAAAAAAUAUUGAAGUCCUACAAAGCAGUCCCAAAUUUGAAAAGCCUGUUUUGCCUGUGAGUAUGUAUUUAUUUGAAUGUGAUCAAAUAAUUGCCAUACAGCAUUUAACCUCUAAUGUGAAAUGAUGUGUGCAACACAACUCAGCUAUCAAAGUGUGAGAUUUCAUAUAAUCGUGUGGGAAAAAAGUAAAUUAUGUACUAUUAAAGCCAAUAAAGUCAGCACACUGGAGCACAGGGGGGUGGCAAAAUUGGGCACUUGCAUUCCAACACGCUCUAACUGAAAGAUCAUCAUCUUGUAAUCUUUUGUUAACAGUGCUUUAAAGUCAUAUCAGUAUCAAUAUCAUUAUAAUGGCAACACAGUAUUAUGAUAUUUGUAUUAGUUAAAGAA